AUGGGGAACAACCCCUCGUCGUCGUCCAAGCCCGCGACGCCUGUCUCGUCACAGGACUCUCCCAAGCACCACCACCAACACCAUAAGAGGGAAUCCAAACACAUCAUUCCGCCCCGAUCCGCUGAGCGAGUCGCUGCCCCGCCCGAACCCUCCCUCACCCAGGCACAAGGUUCCACGGCCACAAAGGGCCCCAAGCCUCUCCAGGCUAUUCCAAUUUCCAACUUCACCACCGGCUCUCCCUCGUCGAACUCGAGUAACUCCGCCCCGCAACCCAAGCCCCCCGAAUCCAAGAACGUCGUCCGCGAUGCGCCUAGUAAGCCCGUAGACGUUCCUGCUGCUGCCGCCGCGACCGAAUCUUCCUCCCUCCGGUCCCAUUACUCCGCCCACAUGAUCGAACCAGCCUUGGUCGGGAACAGCAGCGUGAACGACAUGUCGUAUCUGACACGUCCGCCGCGCAUGCCGCUCCCCAUCGAAGAAGAGAUACACACUCCCGGCUCGCCCAUUAUCGCCCCCGCCGAUGCCAACGAUGCCAGCGUUGCCGAGGUGGAAACUCUCGAGGAUGGCAUGACUAGGAAGUCGUCGGCGCUGAGCACGAACACUGUCGAAGAAGAAGACGGCGAGGAGUUGAUUGUCGAUAAGACGAGGCCCACGGUGCCGACACGUCUCGAAUGGCGUAAGGGAGGAGGCAAGAUCUACGUCACGGGAACCAUCUUCCAAUGGAACCGCAAGCAUAGAUUACAUCCUGUCGACGGGCAACCCGGCGUGUUUGCGGCGACGAUUCACAUCCUCCCAGGUACACAUCAUGUUAGGUUCCUGGUGGACGGAAUAAUGCAGACCUCGCCUGACCUGCCAACAACUGUGGAUUUUGGAAACAAUUUGGUCAACUUUAUUGAAGUCAGCGCAGACGACCUGCCGGCGAAGGCGCCCGUUGAGCCUGGAAAGGACGGCGUCGCCUCGGCAGCCACUGUUGACAAAGGCGGUGUCAAAACGUCUGCAUCGCAAGCCGACGAGCAACCCAAGCCCCCUAGAGGCAGAGAGGUGCCAUCGCCGAGCCAGUACUUUCAGCAGAUACCCAAGUACCUGGUGGAUUUCGACCAGCCCGAGGACUCGCCGGCAUAUCAGUACGCGGUGACGGCUAUCGAGAAAUUGCCGACUCCCCCCAGUUUACCUGGCUUCUUGGGCAAGCCCAUUCUGAACGCUGCGGUGCUCAUGAAGGACGACAACAGCGUUCUUAACAUGCCCAACCAUACUGUUCUCAACCAUCUUGCAACCAGUAGCAUCAAGAACAACAUUCUGGCGGUCUCUGCCACAACACGCUAUAAAAACAAGUACGUCACGACAAUCAUAUAUAAACCCACUACGACAGACGAUUAG